AUGUGGAGUGACUCGGCUACUGUUCUGUCUUGGAUUCGAGCUGAUCAUCGUAAAUACAAGCAGUUUGUUGCGUGCAGAAUAGGAGAGCUACUAACGAUAAGCGAUGUGAGUCUCUGGCGGUGGGUACCAUCAAAACAGAAUCCGGCUGACAUUGCGACGAAGUGGGGAAAUGGUCCAGACCUAAAAAAUGACAGCGUCUUGUUCAAUGGUCCUUCUUUUCUGCAACUGGUGGAAGCCGACUGGCCGAAAGAAAGGAAAUUUACGCCUCCCACAGAAGAAGAACUGCGUCCCUGUUAUACUAUCAACAAAAUAGCGAUCCCAGAGCAUCUGGUGGAACUUGAACGAUUUUCUCAGCUGACUAGAGCAAUCCGUGCUGUAGCCUACGUGUACCGAUUCGCCGAGAACCUAAAGCAGAAGAUUAGAGGACAGGUACGAUUGGUAGGCCCUUUGACAUCCGAGGAGCUUCAAAGAGCAGAAUGUUUACUUAUACGUGAGUCGCAGUGGCAAUGCUUUCCCGAUGAAAUGGUGAUCCUUAGACGUAACUGUGAGAAGGCGAUAGAUGCGCAAACGCCGUUAGCGAAGGACAGUGCCCUAUACCAGCUGUGUCCAUUUUUGGACGAACAAGGCAUUGCUCGAGUGGAUGGAAGAAUCGGAGCAGCUCCGUACGUAGAAAAAGAGACUAAGUUUCCAGUGAUCCUUUCUAAGAGGCAUCGAUUGACGACUCUACUAUUAGACGGUUAUCAUCGAAAGUAUCUACACGGGAACAAAGAAACUGUAGUUAACGAGGUUCGCCAGCGAUGCUAUAUCCCGAAACUCAGGGCGGCGGUAAACAGCGUUGCCAAGGCCUGUCAGUGGUGCCGUGUCUACAAAAGUUCACCGAAGAUCCCCCGCAUGGCACCGCUGCCUCUAGCAAGAUUGGCCUCAUUUGUGAGACCAUUUACGUACGUCGGUCUGGACUUUUUUGGGCCGUUGACGGUGAAGGGUGCCGCUAGAUUGAUACAGGAACAAAUGGAACAACUAGCCGUUACAUUUACAGGUACCACCACCAGGUGGAUAUUUAAUCCACCUGGCACUCCGCAUAUGGGCGGGGCCUGGGAGAGGAUGGUCCGCUCAAUCAAAACUGCCGUCGAAACGGCGUAUACCAACAACCGCAAGCUGGACGACGAGGCGUUAGAAACAUUUAUGGUCGAGGCCGAAGCUAUAGUCAAUAGUCGUCCGUUAACGUAUCUACCACUCACGUCGGAAGAGAGCGAGGCACUCACGCCGAACCACUUCUUGCUCGGCAAUUCCAGUGGGGUUCGGCAACCGGUAACUGAAGCAACGGAUCCGGCGGAAGCGCUGCGCUCAUCGUGGAGCCAAGUUCAACACCAGCUCGACGUAUUCUGGAGAAGAUGGACCAGGGAGUACCUCCCGACUCUGACGAAGCGCCCGAAGUGGUGUGGUGAAGAAAAGCCAAUAAUGGAAGGGCAAUUGGUACUGGUAGUGGGUGAUGGCAAAAGGAACGAGUGGACAAGAGGUCGUAUUGUUGAAGCAAUAAAAGGGGCGGAUGGGAGAAUACGACAAGCAAUCGUACAAACUGCGAGGGGGCUUGUGCGAAGGCCAGUGGCUAGGUUGGCUAUACUAGAAGUGGAUGAAGGUGGUAACACUGGACCUGGUGGCCAGAAUUACGGGGGAGAGAAUGUUGAUAUUGGCAACACUUCUAGCAACGCUUCAGUGACGGCGGGAGUGGACUGUCAGUGA